AUUGACUUAAUAUGCAAAUAAAAUUUUGAAAUGGUGUUUCAUAAAUAGUUUACUAAAAAUAUUAUUUUUUAAAUGAAAAUCAUCAGUGAUUAAUUUUUGUGAUACUAUCAGAAGGAUUAAGAUUUCAAUAAUCAUGCGGAUAUAUCGCUGAGUUAGAUAUCAUUAUAUUUCUGUAGAAGAAUCACGUCAGUUCUUGUGAUCAUUGGAUAAUUUUGUAAAGUAACACAUAAAUUAUCUUUGAAAAAUGAAUUUUCAUUAUAUAAUAUUAGCGACUUUAAUUAUUGGAUGUUUUGGUUUUUCUGAAGCACAAAUUCCUCCUGGACAAAAUUUCUUUCAAUCUUUACCCGAAGAAGAGAGAGAAGAUUUUUUAGUUUACUGUCUUGGAAAUAUUAUUCUUCAAAAUUCAUCUCUACCACUAUCACGUAAUCACGAUUCUAAAUUUCCCGAAGCUCUUGGAAUAGAAACAAAUUUAUUAAAAAAAUUUCAAAAUUUGAAAACUCCAGAUAAUUUUACCACAAAUCUCUACGAUUUGGUAAAAUCCCAAUACAAUAUGGAUCAGCAGAGCUUGCGGAACUUGAUCCUUCUUCGCAUGGUUUGUUUAUCAAACGGUACCUGCGUCGACAUGUCUGACGUCGGUUCAAUGUGCUGCCCAUUCUAAAUAAACAAGAUAUUGAAAGGUCUUAUGGUAAAAUAAAAUCAAAAACUUGGAAAAAAAUUUUUUAUAUUCGCAACAUAAAAAUCUACACAACACAAUAUGAAAUGGUUUACAAUUAAUCGAUAAUAAAUAAUAACUAAUACAAUUAAUAAAUGUACUUUAUAUUCUAUUGUCUACUUUUUUUUGUUUUCAUCUAUAGAUUGUUAUUAUUAGACUUUUUUUUGUCAUAAAAGACAAUAGCCACAUUCUGUACCAUAUACUCCAAUGACGGAAUAGUUAAUAAAAAAAUAAAGUGAUUUGCA